AUGGCAGCUCAGCUCCCUCACGGCCCUGCUACCAACGACUCAUACCGUCGCUAUCUCCAGCUUUCCACUCAGCAGGAGUCGCUGCGACACCACUUGACCGUUCAAAUCCCUCCAUCGACGCCAUCGCUCUCGCACGAGCCAUCCUACUCCCCCACCCCCUCGUCCCCGACCUCCCACCGCUCCUCCUUCUCGGACCCCCACAGCCCCACUGCGUCGCCCCACAGCAGCAUGAGCCUCAGCAACACCACCAUGAGCCCCAUUCCGGCCGUGCCCGGCACAGCUCACGCAGCGCCCGCUGCCACUCAGGACAGCCAGCUGUACGAUGUCAACAAGCAGGUCAAGGCCGUGCUGACGGAGCUGCUCAACACCGACGGCGUGCGCAGCGACGAAAAGUUCCGCUCUUGGGUCCAAGGCCGUCUCAUGGAGACGGAGAUGGAGAUGCGCCGCCAACGGAGACGCCGCAGCAGCGUCGACCGCGAAGUGCUCGAAAGCAUCGCCGAGCACUUCGAGCACGACACCUCCUACGCGUAG